AUGCUCUUCAAGAACUGUCCCUCACUGCCGGAAUGUCAGCCCAUAGAUGGACCUGAAAGUGCACUUCAGAUCACAUUGGACUGUGUGGACCCGGAAUACGGGUCCCCCAUUGUUGACGGAAGGGCCGACGAAACAACUCCAGUUCCACAUCACAAGGUCUCAGGCUACUUUGAUAACACGACUGUGCGAUUCAACUUCUACUUUCCGCUCAACGACUCCUCACCAGAAAAUGCAUGGGAUGGUCGAUUCUUCCAGUCCGCGUAUCCGACCCAAGACGAUAGUGCCAGCGACCGGACCAUUGGGAACGCACUUAAUGGUAACGCAUAUGUCGUUCAAGUUACCGGCGUGCAUGGGUACCGUGCUGAAGCCGCAGCGGCAAAAUUUUCCAGGACGGUAGCAUCGCAAUACUAUGGUUUUUCCAAUAGCACAGAUCGACGAAUAUUCGGCUACAUCUACGGUGCAAGCGGAGGCUCGUUACAAGUCGUUGGUGCGAUAGAAAAUACGUUUGGCGUGUGGGAUGGUGGCAUUGCAAUGGUGCAAGCUAUUACAGCAUCCGUGGGAAUAUCGCAUUCGCUCCGUGCGAUGAUGGGUCUAGUCCUGCAAAACAAGAGCGAGGAGAUCGAGGCUGCGCUUAGGCCUGGGGGAAACGGUGAUCCCUACGCAAGUCUAAAUCAAGUCCAGCGAGCCAUCCUGCAUGAGCUUGUUCUUCUAGGAGCGCCGAUCGCCGUCCUUGAAGACUUUUAUGCAGCUUCUAACCGUACGAGGCUUGCGCAGCUGAUAUCAGCAUUCACUGGUCUUGAUCCAACUUACGUUGAGAACUUCUGGACUAAGGAUGGGUAUCUAGGGUUGGAGCAGAGUCCUUUGGGUGAUCUUUUUCGGGCUGCUUUCGUUGACGUCAACACUACGGUCCUGGACGUCGAGCGAGACAGUGAAGGUGUGCCCAUCGCCGUUCACCUGGGAAAACUCACCAACGCCAAGGCAUUCGAACUUGACUGGGAUGGCCUUGGCUACAACUUCACCGUUUUCUCCAAUGAAAGUAUGAUAGGAACCCUUCUCGGCCGCUUCAACUCCACCACUUCUGUUGCAAGCUUCGGAGGUAUUGAAUCCUCUAACAACAACGCUUCUUCUUACCCGUUCAUUACACCAAAUGCCACGCUUCGAUUGUCAAACCGAGAAUGGAUUGCUAUGCACGCAUGGUAUAGAUAUCAAGUUCCCCCUCUUUCCGAAGACCGUGGUUACAUUGGCUAUGAUCAGUUCCGCACCGCUGACGGCUCGUCAGUUUACCCACAGCGCCCUCUAAUCGCGGCACCCAUCCUCGCGGCAAGCUCGGCAGGAAAUGCCAACCUCUCUGGCAGCAUCAAGGCCAAGCUGAUAGUACUACAAAAUCUUAUGGACAUCGAUGCGCUGCCAUGGUGGGCGCACUGGUACCGCCUGCAAGUUGAGCAGAGCUUGGGAGGGGACUUCACCGACAGUUACAGGUUGUGGUACAAUGACCACGCCGCGCACGACGAAGGCCCACCGCUAAAGGCCGACCAAAAUCUACUAGUCGAUUAUACAGGCAUCUAUGAGCACUCGCUGAGAGACCUAAGUGACUGGGUUGAACAGGGUGUCGCUCCUGCCCCUAAUUCCAACUACACAUUGAGGGAGGACAAUAGUAUUAAGAUACCAGAUGUUGCGGUCGAGCGGGGAGGCAUUCAGCCUACGGUACAUGUUUCCAUAUCGAGCGAUGGUUCGGGUUCCGUAAGACAAGAUGUGGUUCUUAUAGCAGUCGCGGUAGCACCACCUGGUACAGGCAAGAUCGUUGCUGUGGAGUGGGAUUUCUAUAGCACGGGCGACUUUGUGCUCAAGGAAGUGGCCGAGCCGGCUGAGACUGUCACUAUGAAAAUGCAAUUUACAUACGAAGAGGCUGGGGAGUAUGUUGUAGUAGUGCGAGCUACGAGUCAGAGGGAGGGAGAUGGGGAGUCGUUGUAUGGCCGGGCUAGCAAUCUGGGACGGCUGUACGUCAGUGUAGCCUGA